GGUUUAGGUAAAACCGCUAACCGCUACCCCAAAACCGCUAAUCGACUAAACUGUUAUAUAUUUUAUUUGAAAAAAGAAAAAAGAAAAAAGGAAAAGAAAACACAAUCCUAGAAGAUAAACUUCUUGGUAGGCUGCUUGCCGGAUCAGCAAGGAGCAUUAUGGACAUCGAUGGCACAAUAGAUAACGAUGGCCUCCAGCAUAGUAAUUUCAAAGACAUAAUUACCGUCAAUUUCGCGUGUUUCUCUUCUUUUUCUUCCCCCUGCAGCUCCCGAAGGCCCCCAGCCAAGCCGACAGCCUCCCAUGAAGAAAAACCGGUAGGAAGCCUUAAAUUCCUCCUUCUUUCUUGUCCAAGAACAAGAUUUAGGAGCUUGAAAUCUUCCCCUCUGCUGCAGAAAAUUUCCAGAUCUGCUCUGCUUUGUCUUCACCACCGGCUGCUCUGUGGGUGGGUGAUUUCUGGGCAUUUUUUUGAUUGCGUGAAUUUCCCCCUGCACUUCCCACCGGCUCUUCCCCAACUGCAGCUCCGGUUUUGCUUGUUAAAUUCCGAUAUGUGACAGCCCUCCAACCCCUAAUUUAUCCGUUAAUUUGCUGCCUUGAAUCUUGAAUUUUCUGCCUUUGAUUUGCCCUUGUACUGUUCGGGAAUUUCUGUUGAAAUUGGGGAUGAAUUUUGGCAGCAUUAAGUUAUGUUUUAAGCUUGGUUUAGGUAGAGAAAUUAGCUUAAUGGACUGCUGUGUGAUUUUUGGAGAAAAUCCCGUGAAUUAGUUAGUGUUUUGGCCCAUUUUUGGAAGUGCACUUACUGUUUAUGACACUGUUUACGGGUACUGUUUGCGGGUACUGUUGACGCAUUGAUGAUCAACAAUUAACGGAGAUUUAAAUGUUUAGUUUGUAAUAUAAGAACGAAUUUGGAGAUGUCCGAUCACAUGGAAAUUGAUAGAAAUAGCAUCAUGAUUAGGAUAGUCCUAAUGAAGUUUCACUUUGAAUUUGUAAUGGUACGGUAAUUAAUUCUUGGAUAUUUUUAUUAGGUUUUUGAUUGUUUUGUCACUUUGAAUCUUCGGUUUAUGCGAGUGAAUUUCUAUAUUAUGUAAUUUGAGGUAAGUAAAUUAUGGUAACGCCCUUUGAUUUUUAAAAGUAUGUUUUGAUUUGUUAUUGAAGUGGUGGCGGGACUAAACUCAUUUUAUGUAAAAGUAAGUAUGAUUGAUUUGAAGUGCAAUUUUUAUGCUUUUCAUUAAAGUGAGCAUGCUUACUUGAAAUUUAAUUGAUUGUCCUGAUGAUUUGAAAGUGAUUGGUGAAUUAUGAUUUUUCUGUUAACUUCAGCCUGUUUUGUCUCCGAUGUGGUCAUGUUAUUAGUGACCCUGCUAGUGGGGGUUAAACGCUACCACAUGUCGACAUGUUAGUGAUAGAGCCGAUUCGUUCGAGUGACCCUGCUAGUGGGGAUUAUACACUAAUAAAUCGUGUGCCUGCGAGUGGGAGGUUUAUAACACUGGCCAUGGCUUAUAGAGGAGACGUCUAUUUCGUUUCCGUACUUGUACCUGUUUUUUGUGAUUAUAUUGG